AUGACAACUUCAGGCAUUGAAAUUCUUGAUAAUUUUAUUUCAAAAACUCGGCAAAGUUCAAAUUCACAAUAUUUAGAAUGGAUACCUUAUAAUCAAUUUGAAGAUGUAAAAUUUAUCUCACAAAAUGAAAUUAUAAAUGUUCUCAAAGCAAAAUGGAAAGUAGGACCGAUUAAUAAAGGAAGAAGAAAUGGUCCUAUACUCGUUGUGCUUAAAACAUUACUUGAUUGGAAAAAAAGUAAAUCGGAAUUAUCUACCACCAUCUUGAACCAAGUAUGUAAAAAUGAUCUAAAAACAAUUCAUGAAUUAGGGUUUAUUCAUAAAGAUAUCCAUAGCAAAAACAUCCUUCUUUCAAGCAGAGAUUCUUCACAAACCGAUCAUUCGAACGGACAAGAUAAAUCGUUAAUCGCUUAUCUUCCUACAUCCGGUCUAACAAGACCAGUAAAUGUUCCGAAUGAAAAGGAAGGCAUUUAUGGCAUUCUGCCUUAUAUAGCACCUGAAGUACUACGAGGUAAACCAUAUACUCAAGCCUCGGAUAUUUAUAGUAUUGGCAUUGUAAUGUGCGAAUUAAGUACUGGGGAAAUUCCAUUUAAAGACGAAUCAAAUGAUACAAAUUUAGCUAUUAGGAUUUGUCAAGGAGAAAGGCCAAAAUUAAAUGAAAAUGUUUCUCGUGUGUACAACGAUGUGAUUAAAAUGUGUUGGACUUCAGAUCCUUCAGCUAGGCCUCGCAUUAGAGAACUCGAAAAUAUCGUGCUGAAAUUGCGUAAUGAAAAAUUCUGA